AAUUAUAUAUCUUGAAAAAAAAAACAAAUUCAAACCAAACACCCUAAAAAUAAACCUUCCUAAAUAUAGAACAUGCAUAUCUUAUAGAAAAAUUGUUGCUUAGCUUGUUGACGUAUAUUAUUAUCUAACUAUCUUACUCCAUCUUUUCCUUCAUUCUCUCCCUAAAACAUCUCUUUUAUUAUCUCUUCUACUAGUCUUUUUUCCUUUACCUUUGCAUCUUUUCUCCUCCUUUUUUUUACUCUUUAUACCAAACCCCAAACAAAACCCUCCACAAUAUUCCUCUACCCCUUUUUUUUUUUUUAAUAAAAAUUAAUUUUAUUAAAAAAAUUAAAAUUUCUUUAUAAAAAUGUUAUUUUGUUGGAUUGGGUUGUGCUAUUAAAUACCACAAGUCAGAAGUGCCUGCGUGCCACUUAUAAUCACAUCUCUUUGUGCUGUUAAUCUACUCGUUGUCUUUCCAGCUUUCACAGACUUUUUCCAGGGGAAGCUGUAAAAAUGGCGGAUUAUGAUGGAAGAGAAGAUUAUUUGGCCUCGCAAAACAUGGAUGAGCCUUCAUCUACUAGUAAGAAAUACGGAGGACUUGUGCCUAAGAAGAAGCCUCUCAUCUCAAAGGAUCAUGAGCGUGCUUUCUUUGAUUCAGCAGAUUGGGCUCUUUGUAAGCAAGGAGCAACAACCCAAAAAUCAACAACCGCCGUGGAGUCCUUACGCCCAAAAUUACAGAGAACACCUCAUCAACAACUACCUCCUCGAAGACCAGCAUGUACCUCUGGUUGAGAGAUUAUCAAAUAUUAUGUACGUAGAUUAGUCUUCUAUGAACUCAGCCCACUUGGAUGGACAUUAUGAAUAGAAGCGUCAAAAAUAAUCAAUAAGACUACUCUUUUAUUUUUGAGGGUAUUGAUGGUGUAAAUAUUUUAUCAAGGAUUAGGGGAGAAUUUAUAUUGUGAUGUUUCAUUGCACUUAUUUUACAUGCCAUAAACGAUUAAUAGCUCCACUUGUGACAGUUGUGAGUGUGAAAGUUGUAUAUGGCUUCCAUUGUUCAAACUUCAAAAAUGUGCAUUAUUGAAAAAAAAAAAUAGUCCUUCAAAAA